AUGCUUGGAUUGCUCCGUGUCCGCAUCCGAAAGGGAAGGCACCUCGCCGUCCGCGAUGUCGGCCGUAAAAGCAGCGACCCCUACGUCGUUCUCACCUUAGCCCAGCAGGCCAAGAAAAAAAAAACAUGGCAUCCAAUUGACUUUUGUCUUAAAUUUUUUGGGGGUCUUUUGUUGAUGCAGAAGUUGAAAACUAAGGUGGUGAAGAACAACUGUAACCCGGAUUGGAACGAAGAGCUCACCCUUUCCAUCAGGGACACUAAUUUCCCCAUCUUACUUACGGUGUUUGACAAGGAUACCCUGACGGCUGACGACAAAAUGGGAGAGGUGAACAUAGACCUGAAACCCUUUGUGGCUGCACACAGGAUGGGACUGAAAAACCUCCCCAACGGCUGCUCCAUCAAGAGGGUCCAGCCCACCAGAGAGAACUGCCUCGCCGAUGAGAGCCCCAUUACCUGGAACGAAGGCAAGAUCCUCCAGGACAUGGUUCUCAAGCUCCAGCACGUCGAAUCUGGCGAGGUUCACGUCCAGCUCGAGUGGAUUGAUGUUCCUGGUUGCAAGGGACUCACUCAUGGCCAUGCCCCCGAGUCCAGCACCACCAUAUAA